AUGAACCACGUCGUGCACGACCACAGGGCGGUGACUCUGCACAGGCGGGGCCUGCCACCGCAGAUGCAGAUCUCGACGCCGCAGCUGGGCGCCGCGUGCGUCGUGGCGGCCGCCGCCGAUCCCGGUCCCAGUCCUGGAGCCGUCUCCAGCUCCUCCAGUUCCAGCGGCGCCCUCACCAGGCACUGCGCGCGUGUCAACGCAGCAGUUGCUCUUUAUGGAACGCUGAAUGUUUACAGCGAGUGGCUUGCACCACGCAUCAGCAGCCGCGGCAGCGUCGACCCCACGCUGAGCCGCGAGGAGCGGAGGCGGCGCCGGCGGGCGACGCAGAAGUACCGCACCGCCCACGCGACGCGCGAGCGCAUCCGCGUCGAGGCGUUCAACGUGGCCUUCUGCGAGCUGCGGCGGCUGCUGCCCACGCUGCCUCCGGACAAGAAGCUCUCCAAGAUCGAGAUCCUGAAGCUGGCCAUCUGCUACAUCGCCUACCUCAACCACGUGCUCGACGUCUGA